GAGUGUAGAAAUUUUUGCAAAAAAAAAAAACAAUUUUAAAUCUUCAAAAUGUCAUUAUACGAUGAUAUUAUAACACGAAAUGAUGAAUCGAACAGCAAAACAUCGAGCAUCAAAUUAUUACAAGAUCAUCUUCAAGUAAAAAGAACGACUGCAAAGAACAAUUACAAGCCAAGUCCAUCAUCAUUGUAUGGAGGUUACAACAGAAACAUAUCAUCCAAAAUGGACGAGGUUCUGCCCACUCCGGUCAUCAGUGUAACACAGUUGAAUAUGACGAAGCAAGGUGCUUCAAUACUUGGUGGUGAUUGGGACAUUAAUGAGGAAUACGAUCCACGAUGGCCAAAUGAUUAUGAGAAAUUAAUCAAAGAACGCAACGAACAACAAGAAAAGAAAGCAUCGAAAUCACAGGUGAUAGCCACUCGAAGUCUUGGAUUAGAUUAUGAUGAUGAUGAUGAUGAUGAAUAUGAAAACACGAACAACCAUCGAUCAUCAUCGGAUUCAAAAAGCAAAACAUCGGCAACGUUUGCACCGCCAGCAUCUUUAUUGGAAAAUGUUGAAAAAGUCGCCAGUUCAAAUUCGAAUAAAAUACCCAGAGGAUUUGAAGUUAGUUCAGUGGCUGCCAAAAUAAUGGCCAAAAUGGGCUACAAAGAAGGCCAAGGUCUUGGUAAAGAAGAACAAGGCAUCAAUAAAGCAUUACAGGUAGAGAAGACCAGUAAAACUCAAGGUAAAAUUAUCUACGAAAAUGAAAAGAAAAAUGAAGAUUUGCCUAUCACUGAAAUGUUGAAAAAUCCAUCUAAAGUGUUACUAUUACGUAAUAUGGUUGGUCCAGGUGAAGUGGAUGCCGAAUUAGAACCAGAAACAAAAGAAGAAUGUUCAAAAUAUGGUGAAGUGAUUAAAUGUCAGAUUUAUGAAAAACAAGAUUAUGAAAGUGAUGAAGAUGCUGUAAAAAUUUUUAUUGAAUUUGCACACGUUGAUUCAGCUAUCAAAGCAUUGGUCGAUCUGAAUGGCCGCUAUUUUGGUGGCCGUAUUGUUAAAGCAUCAUUCUAUGAACUAGACAAAUUUCGUAAAGGCAACAUACAAUAGUGAAUGAUAAUAGUGGAAAAAAAAUUGUACGAUAGACAAAUGUGUUAUCAUAAAAAUUUAAAAAAAAAUUAAUCAAUGAACACGACAAUUUUUGAUAAUUUGUAAACGUUUUUGUAAAUUACACAUAUACUGACGAAAAUGG